AUGCAAGCGGGAUACCAGGAAGCCAAACAUGAAUAUCAGCGCCACUUUGCCAGUACAGAAUACCAAUCAUCUGGCUUUCCGGAAGAUGGGAAGGUCAUGGCAGUUGCCAGUGCCCAAUCCAGUGGACAAUAUCCACUCAGCCAAACUAAUCUCCCAAGCCAUGACCCAGACGAGAUACUAGGCAACAUCGGGCUCAUCACAGAUGAGGAACAGGAAAAGGCCCAAUACAAAGGAGAUCCUAGGCAUGCAAAUGAAGAUCGUCCCGUCCAGAAACGCGCCCAUUCUCUCUGCGCAAAGUCUGCGAACCCGAUGCCCAAUCCUUUUUUGUCUGAGGAGAACGCCUGGAAGGAUUUCGCCUUCUUUUCUGCUUUUGGACAGGACACACAGUGGUGCUCGGCUAGAGGCAUCGACUAUCUCGCCGAUUUCAAAGAUUACCAGCGCGAAACAGAGGAGUUCCUUGCUAUGGACAUGAUUGCUGAUGCGCCAGUGGGGAGGAAUGAGUCAGGGUCGUUUUCGAAAUGGUUGAAGGACCGACAUGGAACAGAUGGGUUGAAAGAAGCCCGCUUUAAGCCCCAGGCAUCCAAGACCAUCGAGGACAUGUGGCCAUCGUGGAUGGAGGUGACGAAUCGAGUUUUCGCCAAUGACGUUAAGACGUAUCGCGAUGUCUGCAAGAGAGCUACAGCAGAGCCCAAUCAGGAAGAAGCGAUUGUGGUCUAUGUGAACUGCGUCCUGCAUUCGUACAUGCAUCACUUCGCAUUCGGUGAUGCCAUUAGCGACAAAGUUAACGAGCGCGAGGCCUUUAUCGAUACGACAUGGAGCUUUGUGCGAACUGCUUUGACGAUCGCAGGAAUUCCCACACGCAUGAUGGAGAUCCAAAUCGACGGCAACAGAGACCGCAAAUCCGAGGCUAAGCAGAAGGCCGAGGCAGCACAGUUGUACAAAGCGACUCUGGACAAGAAGGAUGAUGAUGCUUGGAAGGUCAAGAGAGCCAUGCGCGACGGAUGGGUCUCACAGCUGCGACGGACAUGUGAAACUCACCGACCAAACAAGCUUGUUGUAUUUGGCUCGACGUCUCAUCGUGAUGCAACUAAGUUCUAUUCCAUGGACUUUGUGGGGUGUUUCCGUGUGUCGUUGAUCUUAUCAAUGGUUGUUCCUCUGGCGAGCGGUGUCGGCUUUGCUGAAAAAAUGAAAUCUUGCAUGAGGACAUGUUUGGAGUUUGCCUUGAUAUUGUCGACGGAGAGGGAGAAAAGGAACGGUGCGGUGUUCAUUGACCGCUUGGAGGACCGGGAGGAGCUCAUUGAUCUGGCUGCGAGCAUCCCAGCGACGAGCCUGACGCCUGUGAAAGUCAAAGACUAG